AUGAAACAUCAGGCUGAUAAGCAUCGCACAGAGCGCGUUUUUGCAGUUGGUGACCUCGUCUACCUCAAGCUUCAGCCCUACAUUCAGUCCUCGGUGGCUCAUCGUCCUCACCACAAGUUUUCUUUUCGUUACUAUGGACCUUAUCCAGUUCUAGAACGCGUGGGAGCCGUGGCUUACAAGUUGAAGCUUCCGGAGGGCGCUCUCAUUCAUCUUGUGGUCCAUGUGUCACAAUUGAAGAAAGCAAUUGGACCCAACACUCCUGGAGCUGUGACCAUUCCAUGGAUUAUAGUUCAAUGGCAAGGUCUCGCUCUGAACAUGGCUACUUGGGAGGACAAGAAGAUGCUACGCCGCCGCUUUCCUGAUUUGCCGGCUUGGGGGCAAGCCGUGUUUGAAGGCGGGGGGAAUGUCACACCUGCAGGCAGCACAAGGGCGCGAGAGCUGAAGGAGUCGCAGGAGAAUGACAUGGCAACUGGGGCCCAGACGUCAGUAUGAAAUGUGUGCGUGAGACAACUGUAAGAGAUAGGCAAUUGUGAUUUGGCUGCGGAUAGCGGGUGUUAUAAGCUGGUCCCAGUCUGUAACGAAGAACCAGACUUGAACUGGCUGAUGAACGGCGAUGGCACGCUCUCGACGUGGGGAACACGUUGUUCCUCAUCUAUCC